UCACCAACCAAAAACCAGGAAGAGAUGAAGAAAGCAGAGAAAUAGAAGACCAACAACAUCGGAGAAAACACAAAUACUUAUUAGUUGUUACCUUGGCAGUGGCACCAGCGAUAGAAGAGAAGCAAAGAAUGGCCACUUUUCUCUCUAAUCAAUCUCUGUUGGGUUCUUGUCCUUGUUCUACACCCUUCUCUUCAAAACCCUUUCAAACCCUAAAAUCCCCAAUCCUAUCUUUUCCAUCUCGCCCUUUUCCUCCCGCCCUAAUUUCCUCUCUCAAUCGAACACCCCACUUCAAGUCUUCCCCAAAUCCCCCUCCAACUACAAAUGAUGAAACAGAGGAGACUCAGAAUGAUGUAAGAGAGGCAGGUGGUGAUGAAGAUGAAAAACCAUUACCCAGUUUAAUGGUCCUCGUAGAAGAAUACAAGGAAGCUCUUUUUAAUGGCGACGAAAAUUCUGUAGCUCAUAUUGAAGAGGGAAUAUACUCAAUUGCAAAUAGAAAAAAUGAAUUGGUUCAGAGAGCUUCAACUUUAUUAGCAGAGAAAGCUGCUUCCAAGGAGAGAUAUCUUCGUUUACAAGCUGAUUUUGAUAAUUUUAGGAAAAGGACAGAUAAAGAGAGACUUAACAUCCAAUCUGAGGCCCAACAAAAAGUCGUUGAAAAGCUCUUGUUGAUGGUGGACAGUUUUGAGAGAACCAAACAGCAAACUAAAGCGGCAACAGAGAAAGAGAAGAAGAUUGAUGUUAGCUAUCAAGGUAUUUACAAGCAAUUUGUAGAGGUUCUGAGGAGUCAUCACGUUUCAGUGGUAGCAACAGUGGGCAAGCCGUUUAAUCCUUUGCAACAUGAAGCCAUUGCCCGUGAGGAGUCCACAGAGUUCAAGAAAGGGAUUAUAAUUAAAGAAUCCCGACGUGGCUUUAUGCUCAGAGAUAAAGUUCUAAGGCCAGCCCUUGUGAAGGUUUCCUUAGGUCCUGGAAAUAAGGAAUCUCCCGUGUCUCCUGACAAGUCCACGGGGCAACCUUCAACAGCUGCUGGAAUAGAUGAAAGAUAGUCUCUUGAACUUUCCAACUUAUUCAUUAAAAGUCUAGUUCCAUCUGCAUACCUGAUAUAUUGUCAUUGGUCAACUUGAAAUGCUUCUAUUUUCAAUCUAUUGGUAUUUUGGCCUCAGGUGAGGGUAGUCCUUUGUAGUACGGACGUCCCAAAUUUUAACAUGUUGGCACACUGCGCAGCAAUUUUUGGUUCAUGAUGGCAAAGGGAAUUAAUUGUGAUCUCUAGGGAAUGAUGAAUUUCUUGUGUAAUCCAUUUUUUACCAAAGCCAAAAAUGGUUCAUUCUUGAA